CCGCUGAUGAGCCCCACCUUCGUUCCCAUCCUGACUCUGUGCUCAGGCCCACCGGCAUUCUCCAGUGCGACCUCGUUCAAAGAAGACAUCUCUGUUUAUCGUGCUGUACCAUGUUAUGAUGGACCCCUUCCUCCGGAACGUACCAUCGAUAUGCAGGCGAUUUGCGACUUAGAUCCUGACCAUAAAAGGCUGUUCACGAGCUCCAAUAACAUCGAGGAAAUUAGGCUCGCCCUCAAGCUUCGUACUGCUCGCAGGCAAUAUGACAGCUGGUUGUACAAGAGCAAGCGCUGUAAUCACGCUCAACUCGAGUCCGCGGAGGUGCCACGGGAGAUCUGGCUUUACCAUGGCGAGCCUUUGAAGGUAAUAAAUGAGGCGAGUAGCUCUGUUGUCACCCCUGCUGAAACAUCAUCCGUUAUUACUACUUCGACGUCUACUCCGAGACCACUCGAGUUCGGUGUCUCUAACCCUCAGCGGCUGAAGAGGCAUAGACGCUCUCCGUCUACUGUAGCCUCGAGAUUUCCUGGUAUCGAGCAACUCUUAUUUCCGACAAGCAAAAAUCCCAGAGACCUAUCACAUUGCAACACAUCAGAUGCCCAGUCUCCCGUCUUCACGUCUCAAUCGUCCACCCAUUCUUUACCCCUAGAAGCACCUUUCAACCCAAGCACCUCCGAGACGACAACCUCCCGUCGCCCUAUAGGGCCUACACACAUUCUCGUACUCUUCGUCGCCGGCUCUCAUGACUCUCGCCCUGCUCUUCUACAGCCAAUAAACGACACGCUCUUCGCUCUUCACGUCCCAAAUCUCACGGACCUCUCUGUCCUCCCGAAAUACCGGCCUGACACGCUCCCGUUCGUUUUCAUGCGCGUUUGCAAGCUCGACGGGUGGCACGACCUGCUUGUGUGGAUUCACACGCGGAACCAGGCCAAGCUCAUGCGCUCCGUCCUACCCGAGUGGAUCCGUGACCUUCUUCAUCCGCUUCCGCGUGACGCAGUUGUCGACGAUGGAUGCACCAAGAGGCGCAAGCGUAAACGUGCGAUUCUCGAUGCCGCUACUGGGUCUCUUCCGAAACUCAAUAUUCCACAGAGCGUCUUAAAGCUAAGCGGGACUUGUUCUCGAAGAAUAUUACGAAAGAAACUGAUUCACGUCAACCCUUCAGGCUCCGUCAGAACCGUUGAUACGAUUGCUCGAGAGAUUUCUGAGCUAGACGAGAUGCACGAGGGGUCUACCUCCAGCCUCAUUAAUACUAUGAAGCGCCUAAAUACGCUCAAAGAUAACUUAGAGGAGAUAGGAUAUUAUGGGCGAGAGCUUUGGGUCGAGGUUGGGACUGCCUGGGGAAUCCUACUUAAGGCUUUGACAUACCAAGCUGAGAUGAAAAGCAAUGGUUUAUUCGAGCAAUGA